AUGAGAGUGAAGUACAUGACAGCAAUGACAAAAGGAACUAAUAUCAAACCUAAUGAAAUCGCUCACGAGGACAUAGAGCUUAACAAGUAUUUUGUGGAGUAUCUUAUAAGUGAAGAGUAUGUAAGACCUUACUUCAUGUUUGACAGCAUGAAUGAGGAUGUUAUUUCAUGGUUAAAGAAUAUAAGCAAUGUUUUCGGUAAGUACGUCAUAGAUGACAAAGGUCUUGUUGUAUUUUAUGAGACAGCAAUACGAACACAGGAACUAAUGGAUAUUAUGCACUCAACAGCAAAGAAAGGAUUUAGUACUAUUGGCAUGAAUGAACAUUGCAGGAAUGACAUAUACAACCUAUGCUCACGAAAGCCUUACACAAAAGCAAUACAAAUGAUAGAACAUAAGUGUCUAAGGUCAGCAAAUGAAAUCAUUACUGUCAGUGGUUAUGAAAGAACUGUUAGCAAAGAUGAGUGGAAACAGCUAUUCAUAUUAAGGAAGGACGUUGCUGAACUAGUUAAACCUGUUGCACAAACAUUGUUUCAGAUAAGACCAGCAAUGACUAAGAACCCUUUGACCUUACUCAAUGAGACCAUAGAGGUUGAAGAUAAUGACAUGAAAGAACUAGGAAUGAAUGAGAGAAGUUGUGAAGGAUGUUUGAGUCAAAACACAUGGUUCUUCAGAGCUGUUAAAAAACUUAGUAAAGAACGACAGAAAUAUUUUAUAGAGAAGUAUUGCAAAGGAUGUGUAAAUGAAUUGCUUGAAAUAGAACUUAGAGACACUUUCACACUAAAGGACUUGAGAAGAAAUAAGUACAUGAGUGAAGAAGGUAUUGA